UCUCAGUGUUGUAUUUAAAUUUCAGCUUAAUUUAUUAUUGUUACUCACAAAAACACAGAUUUAAUGUGUAUUAUUUAAAUCGUAUGGGUGAGUAAGCUUGGUAGCAACUGUAAACUAUAUAAAAAAGCAUGUAUUUAUCUAAGACUCGGAAAUGUAAAGUAAAGUGUGCAUAAUGAUAAGGUGCUUGCCCGCGGAGGUUCAAGGAAAACUUCGCUCAGGUGUUGCCUUACCGUCCCUCCAGCAAUGUGUGGAGGAGCUAGUUCUAAAUAGCAUCGAUGCAGGGGCCACCUGUGUGGGCGUCAGGGUCGACAUGGAUGCGUUCAAGGUCCAGGUGAUCGACAAUGGAUCCGGGAUGACCGCUGAGGACAUGGAGCGUGUGGGAAUCCGAUACCACACCAGUAAAUGCAGCCGUGUUGAAGACCUGGAGAACCUCACAUGUUAUGGCUUCAGAGGAGAAGCCCUGGCGAGCAUCAUUUCUCUAGCCAUGCUGGUUGAAAUCUCCUCCCGGACCAAAAUGUCAGUGAAAACUCAUGUUAAACUGUUUAAGGAUGGCCAGAGCAUGGGCGUCUGUGAGGCAGACACUGCUCGACCCUCUGCAGGGACAACUGUUAUCAUUUGUAACUUCUAUCACAACAUGCCUGUCCGUAGGAAGAGAAUGGAUGUAGUCAUGGAGGGGGAGAGGAUCAGACAGAGAGUGGAGGCUGUGUCCCUGAUGCAUCCCUCUGUGUCCUUCACCCUGAAGAAUGACCUCACAGGGGUCAUGAUGGUGCAGCUUCCAAAAGCCAGAGACACCUAUCACCGCUUUGUUCAAAUACACAGCCUGGCCCGGGCAGAGAAACUGGGAGACAUCAGCCACACACACAAGCAGUUUGAAGUGAGUGGUUACCUGGGCAAAGAGGGACACUACAACAACAGUUUGCAGUACCUGUAUGUGAACGAGAGACUUCUGCUAAAAACACGGAUCCACAAGCUGCUCAACUGUCUCCUGCGCCGGCUGAGCGGCUCCAAUCAGAAGCAUGACAACUCAGACGGCACCUCUUUGAUUCGGAGUCCAAAGCAUAAACGAAAUCAGGAUCUAUAUGGGGUGUACAUCAUUAAUAUAAAGUGUUCCUAUUCGGAGUAUGACAUCUGUCUGGAGCCAGCAAAAACUCUGGUUGAAUUUAAAGACUGGGAUGGUGUCUUGCUUUGCGUAGAGGAAGCAGUUAAAGCUUUUCUUAAGCGGGAGAACUUGGUGUCCUUGUUUUAUCAAGAAGAUCUGGACUGUGCGUCCCCUAAAGUUUUUGGUACAGAAAGAACAGACAAAAAAGAGGAAGCUAUUAGUUCUACCACAAUUGACUGCAGUGUUGGAAUAAAAUUGUCAUCUGGUUUUGUUCAUCGUAGGAGUGGUAAUGACGGCAAUGAGUGCAGAGCUGAUGAAUUUCCACAAUGUCAGCAAAUGGAUGUGGAUUUGAAUGAAUUUGAGAAGAUGCCACUUUGUGAUCCGGAGCCUGCAUCAACUGUUCUGAAUGAGAAAAACGAGCCAACAGUCUCUGAAAGUGCUGAAAAUUUAGACGAGCAAAACAGAGCAGACUGUGCAGUUUGGAGUGAGCAAGAAAUCCAACAGAUUGGUGACGAUUCACACCCUGUCAGCCAAAUUCCAACAUGUCAGCUAGAGUCAAAGUUUAAUAGUAACACAUUGCAGGGUCCUGUCAGAAAGAUUAGCUUGUCUGACCCGUAUGUUCACCAAAGUUUACAGAUAAAAGACCUGUCCCGAAGCGACAGGUCUUCAUCUCAGGUUCAAGAUUUAAAGCUAAAGUUUGAGAGGAAAUUCACAGCUUCAAAACGCCAAAUGCCACUUAAUUUAAACUCGCAUGGCGCCUCUCAGAAACCAUGCAAAGACCAGUUUACGGUGAUCCCAUCAAAGAUUCCCAAAGUUAAUCCUGUUAGGAAGUUAUCAGCAUUCAAGCUGCCAGAUUCGCUCGAUAAGUUUAGACAAAUGUACGGUAAAUCUGUGGCAAAUCUUUCUCAAAAUUUGAGCUUGGCUAAAAACCCUGCUCGUUUGUCUUGUGAAGAACAUAAACAAGAUGAAGUUACAGACUCUCAAAGCCGAGCAACACCUACAGCUGAUCCCAAAGGUGGUCAAAUAUCUUUGGCAGCUAAACUCUGUCAUUUGAAACAACACAUGGAAGAAGAUGUAGAAAUCCCACAGCAAACUUGUAUGAAUAUUCCAGAAGACCCAGGCACUCUCAGCAUUUGUACAGAUUUUACCCAGGACAGGAUCAAUAGCCAGAACAAUAAAGCUGAACCUUCACUCGACGGCUGUGAACAUCAGAUGGAUGAGGAUGAGGAUGGCUCAGCAUGCAGUGACUGGCUCCAUCACUAUGAUACAUCUGUUGGAAAAACAGUUUAUAUCAACAAAAAGACUGGGCUCAGCAGAUACGAGGACCCGGCUUCAAAAGACACACAAGUACCAUGUACAUCUGAUGUCUCCAACAUGGCUGUUAGCAUCUUCUCUGAAAUGGGUGUGGAAUACAGAUGUUACCCAUUUCAGCUGGAUUUAGUGUUGCCUUUCCUGCCUAAUCCCAGGCAAGGAAGAGUGAUUAGCUCAGGAAAUGACUGUAGAGAUGGUGCAGACCAGAGCUCCAACUCACUUUCUUCAUUAUACUCUAAAUGGAAAAAUCCAGUGUUUGUUCGCCCACCUACGAUUGGGGUGGAUAUAUCCACUGGACAAGCUGAUGAACUUGCUGUGAAGAUCCACAACAUCCUGUUUCCAUACCGCUUUUCUAAGAAUAUGAUUCACUCCAUGAAGGUUGUGAAUCAAGUGGAUAAAAAGUUUCUUGCAUGCCUUAUUGAUACCAGUGAUGAGGGUUCCGCUGCACAGACUGAAACUCAAGGUAACCUGCUGGUGUUGGUAGAUCAGCACGCAGCACACGAGAGGAUUCGACUUGAAAAUUUAAUCACAGAUUCAUACAAAGACGACCAGGAUGGCUCCGGGGAGAAACGUCUCUGUUCAUCAACCAUUUUACCCCCUUUGGAAAUCAAUGUGACGGAAGAGGAGCUCAGGCUGCUUAGGUCUUCUCAGCCACAUUUAAAGAGUUUGGGCCUGGAAGUUACCUUCUCAAAGACAGGACCUCCAAAGGUUUUUGUGGGAAAGGUGCCGCUGUGCUUCAUGGAAAAAGAAAGUAAUGAGCUUAAGCGAGGAAGACCGUCUGUCAUCAAGCCUAUUGUUGAGGAGUAUCUUCGAGAGCAGACUGAGUUACUCCGUCAAACAGGCAGAAUCGGAGGCACUUUGCCACUUACUGUUUUGAAAGUCCUCUCCUCGUUGGCAUGCCAUGGUGCCAUCAAGUUUAAUGACACUCUAAGCAGAGACGAGUGCCGCAGCCUGGUAGCGUCCUUGUCUUCAUGCCAGCUGCCCUUCCAGUGUGCCCACGGCCGCCCCUCUAUUGCUCCUCUCGUAGACCUCCUUCAUCUGGACGAGGACCAGAAGGACUUCCAGAAACCAAACCUGAAAAGGCUAAGAAGAAUGUAUAAAGCAUGGGAGCUUUAUGGAAAUAAAUAAACAAGGAGGUCAACCAAGAUAUGAGUGCUCAGGACAAUCCCUUUGUUCCAACAGUUACAGCAAUAUCCUCCACCCCAGAUUUCCAGUGGAUGGUCCAGCCUACAAUUAUUACAUCUGUCUCCCCAUCUCUGGGC